UCCAAGAGGACGUAAUGUCUGUUUUGGUCAAGUAGUUUAUAAAAUAAAUUUCCCGCAAAAAAUGCGACUUAUAUUCCAGUGCGACUUAUGUAUGUUUUUUUUCUGCCUAACUAUGCAUUUUUGGCCUUGUGCGAUUUAUACUCCGGAGCGACUUAUAGUCCAGAAAAUAUGGUAGUUUUUCCAGAAUCUGCACCUAUUCAGCUGUAUUUCUUUGGAUUUCGUGGUUCCUGCGAAAACAGUCUGUUUUAAUGUAUUCCACCCACGCAUUAGUCACAUUCGCAAGUGCGGUUUGUGCCGCUAGCUGCGAACGGUAUAGCAGUUGAUAAUAAACUGUGAUGUAUCUUUUUAAAAUGUCGGCUUUUAAUAUGUGUUGGAUUCUAAAUCUGGUGCGGAAGUAGAGACUGGACAGUCUGAAGUUUCUCAAGAAAAGAGGUAACUUCAAGACGCCUCUCAAUGGUAAGUAGCUUUAGCAUUUUAGCGUUAGGCUUUCUACAGCAUCGGUAAGUGGUGGACAAUGUACACAUCCCAUAUGUCAUUCAACCGAGGCACUUUUUUUUCAUUGACCCAAAAGGUUCAUUCUUGAAAUGAAAUGUAUUAACAGAAAGUCACAUUUGCUUGUAGAAGUUGUGAUGGUGAUUGUGUGAAAUCCAUAUUGCCAUAUACGGGAAUCCCUCGUUUGUUGCAGCUUACCGGACCGUGAUCAUUGAAUUUCCGCAAAGUAUAAUACCUUUUUAUAAAUUUAAUAUUUUUAUAUUUAGAGCAAGGGCUGCACGGCAGACAAGUGGUUAGCGCGCGCAGACCACACAGCUUGGAGACCAAGUUCAAUCCCACCCUCGGCCAUCUCUGUGUGGAGUUUGCAUGUUCUCUUUGUGCAUGCGUGGGUUUUCUCCGGGUACUCCGGUUUCCUCCCACAUUCCAAAAACAUGCUAGGUUAAUUGGUGACUCCAAAUUGUCCAUAGGUAUGAAUGUGAGUGUGAAUGGUUGUUUGUCUAUAUGUGCCCUGUGAUUGGCUGGAGACCAGUCCAGAGUGUACCCUGCCUCUCAAAGACAGCUGGGAUAGGCUCCAGCACCCCUCGCGACCCUCGUGAGGAUAAGCGGUUGAAAAUGAAUGAAUGUAUUUAGAGCACAGAAAACUUUUUUGGUAUCCUAAAUACAGUGUUUAACACUAUUAGAGCCCUCUAGACCGGAAAUAACACCCCUAUAGUCACCUUUGCACUCUACUAUUGUAGACAUUGAGAUAAAAUAACCCAUUUAAGACCAAAAUUUGCUUAUACGUGUUUAAGGCCGGAAUAGGAGGUUGUGUUAUGGAUUAUUGUACCUGUUAAUAUUUCAAACCCACAAUAAAAGCCUGUUGUUUUGGCAAUCAGGCGUGGUGCUUGAGUGUCUCACCGAACAUUACAGGAAAAUUACUGACACCUAGUGACCAGUGUAGAAUACUACGUAUCAUCACGAUGUCUUUGAAUGCAUCACCUGAUUGCCUUAGAUUUGUAUUUAAUUUCACGGAACCAUUUGUAUGCUUGUGUGUGACUAAUAAUAGGCUGUAUUCAACGACAAAACAACAUGUACACAGGAUGUACUGUACAUACACACAAUUGACAAUGUUGGCAAAACAUUUGCACGCAAUUGGAAAAAGAAGUCAAAACAAAUCAUUGGUAACAUGAAAGACACACAACUGCUGCACAACCUUCUUGGUUAUGUGAGCUUCUGGAGGUCAUGGAUCCAUCUUUCAUAUGAUCUCUGGCGUUCCCAUGCUUUAAAGACCCAGUUUUUUUUAUCUCGAAACAAACAUGUGUUCAUGUGUUUUCAUUUGGGGGGAAAAAAGCCUUGUUUAUGAAUCCGCUAUCCAGCAUGUGGCAACAGCUUCUUUUUCUUGGCAAGAUGUUCACGAGGCUCCUCUGCAGCAGCCACGAAGAUAUAUUAUGUAACCAUGUAGGCUCCUUAAACAUCUCAGAGCUCCAGAUGUUAAACAUCUUUGUGGCCGCUCCCACACAGGAGCCACUUGGAAGCGUUUUCAAAGUGCUCCUCAAGCAUCCUGUUUUAAUGUGCGCACCGAAAAUGCUGCAUUGGGUUUGAUGCUUUAGCUUUGUUCAUCAGUCCAACACACGUAUUGGAUGGAGUGUAAGGGCAGUUCCUUUAAAGACUCAACAAACUGAUGAAGCAGCUUCUACCAGGCGGUGUGUCUGUGGAGGCAAACCAUGUGAUGUAGGAGAACAUGAAACAUCAGGCUGACUAUUUUUAGGAGCUUCUUCUACACCUCCAUCUCCCGCCCCUCUCUGUCUCUCUCUCUCUCUCUCUCUCUCUCGCCCCUCUUCUUCCUCGGCUCUCGGCAUCCCUCAGCACUCAGCAGCUUUCAGCCCGCGACGAGGAUCACCCUCACCACCGCCACAGUCGGCAGAGCCGAGCGUCAGGACCGCAUUUUCCCAGCAAUGCUUUGGUAUCGCGGCGGUUUUAGUUGAGCGACGCCAUCGUCUGGUCAACUUUACCCGUGUUGCUCGCUGAAGUUGAAGCCGCAGAGCGAGGCAUGAAGACACGCUCGCUGCCGUCCUCAUGAAUAUUGAUGGUUCAAGCGCAGCUUCUUUGUGUACCGCAUCUUCUUUCUGCCUCCUCAACUGCCCAGCAUGCUUUGCGGUUGCUCAAAAAAAAAGAUGUCCGCUUUUGAUUUGAGGAUUGAGGAUAGCUUGCUCACUUUUAACUUCAUAAACUUCUCAAGGUUGGAUUGAAACAGACGAGAAAGGAUUAUGUCUGUUGAGUGGAGUGAGAAAGAAACAGCGUCCAGGAUGAAGUGCACCAAGUGAGGAUCCUUCAGGUGUUCUCCAACCUUCUUCCUCGGAGCAUCAUCUCGUGGGACGCUCUGCGGACAUGCCGCCUUCACUGGACUGAAACCUCCGUCCGCCUUGCAGGGAGAUGGCGGCGGCCAUCGCCAGCUCCCUGAUCCGACAGAAGCGGCAGGCCCGCGAAUCCAACAGCGAAAAGGUCGCCACCAGCAAGAGGCGCUCCAGUCCCAGCAAGGACCCGAGGUCUUUGUGCGAGCGACACAUCUUCAGCGUCUUCAGCAAAGUCCGCUUCUGCAGCGGAAAGAAAAAACCUGUCAGACGGAAACCAGAGCCGCAGCUGAAGGGCAUCGUGACGCGUCUCUUCAGCGAGCAGGGCUUCUUCCUGCAGAUGCAACCUGAUGGAACCAUCAGCGGAAACAAGGACGAGAACAGCGACAACACCCUCUUCAACCUGAUCCCAGUGGGCCUGCGGGUGGUGGCCAUGCAGGGCGUGAAGGCUGGACUCUACGUGGCCAUGAAUGCUGAGGGCUUCCUCUACACGUCUGACAUCUUCACGGCCGAGUGUAAGUUCAAGGAGUCGGUGUUCGAGAACUACUACGUCAUCUACUCGUCCACGCUGUACCGGCAGCAUGAGUCGGGCCGAGCCUGGUUCCUGGGCCUCAACAAGGACGGCGUCAUCAUGAAGGGAAACCGCGUGAAGAAAACCAAACCCUGCUCGCACUUUGUCCCCAGACCCAUUGAAGUGUGCAUGUACAAGGAGCCGUCGCUGCACGAGCUGGAAGAGAAGUUGCUCAAGACGUCGCGCAGUCCCACCAUGAACAGCGAGGAGCGAGCGAGGAGCCCAAAUCAGGCGCAGGAGCAGCAGCAGCAGGAGGACGAGGAGGAGGACUGCACAGAGCAGGAGGGCUCAUAGCCUGCAGCGCCCCCUGCAGGAGGAACUCCCAUGUAACACUCCCACUGUUCAGCACCACGCCGACGACAACAAAACGCCAUGACGACGGAAACUCCAAUGAAAACAAAGAAAGAAAGAAAAAGAAGCAAAAAAAAUCCGAAGGGGGGAGGGGCUUAUUUAAAAGUACGAAAGAGGACUUUGAUGAUGACGAUCUACAUUUUAUGCAAAAAGCCCUGCUGCGUCGGCGCCAGGGGGCUAGCACAUCUACUCUUCAUCACCACAUCGUCAUCAUCACCGUCACCCGUGACGACAAAACGAGGGAGCGAGCGCUGAGAACUGCCAAGCUUUAAGCCAUGUAGGAACAUCACGUCCUUUUAGAACCUACGCACUUUCUUUCAACUCACCACGCUGCCGCUGCUGCUUCUUCUUCCAAUCUUCUGUGUGCUUCCAUCCCGGCCAGACGUGCCACCUCACAUCUGUUUCUCCCAUUUGUUAGUAGUCGUUAGUGACAUGUCAAAGAAGUCAAAGUCUUGUCAUGCUGUCACCGCAGGGAGUUUGAUCACGUGGCAUCUCUGCGGGAUGACCGUAAAAUUCCAUGGAAAAUGCCGAAACUGAAAGUU